AAACGAACGUUCAAGGAGCUGUGUUCGUACCGUACCGUAUGUGCAUCCUACGGCACAAAGCCAAGAAAAACUUGAGGGCGAAAACUUUUCUUCUUUCAUUACUACUGUACCUCCGCCCGAUGUGUAGCCUGCAAUAGGAACAAUCACAGCAAGACCAAAGAAAGUCCGAGGAAAGGAACGAGGACAAACCGCAUCAAGCUAGAGACGUUUUAAAUUUAAAUUGGAAGGGAAAGAGAGAUUGAACUUCUAAGAAGCAAAUAGAUCGCGAACAACCAAGUUAGAUACCCUCGCAAUUUGCAUCGCAAUACAUCGUAUUGUAGAAACUCAUCACUAAGUGGUUUUCCUCGAUCUGCUCUGUUCUGUUCGAUGAAUUGAAUGAAUCAGCUGACGAACACAAGGAAAUCAAGAAAGCGGCGACACCUGAUUCUUUGGGAUACUCUUUUUCACUUCUUACUGUAUUCGAAUCAUUGGAGUUGAAACUGCAACGAGAACACGACUCACUCCUCAAUCCACUUAUUCGCUGAAUUGAUUCAUUUGGUUGAUCGGCCUCAUGUUAUAUUGAUCCAAGCUAAGUCUAGAACAAGCCAAGCAAUAGUCGGUCGGUAUGUCUUCGUUGUAUUUGCGGAUGUUUCCGCCGCCUCCUCCUCCUCCACCCGCCGCGAAACUCAACAAGCCAGAAAGCCGGCAGGACGAUCCUGUGAGGUCGACUCCGUCAGAAGACAAUGAAGCUACCAGCAACAACAAUUUUCGAUCCUCGAGGAGAGUAUCGGGUGGAAUUGGUGCUGCCGCUGUCCGUCGUCCGCCACCGCCUCCUCCACCACCGCCUCCUCGUGGUUCGGGAAUCCACUCUCCUAAGAAACCACCACAAAGAAUACGGCGUAGACCAAAUCCGCCACUGCCGCGGGCGCCACCUCCCCCACCACCACCACCACGAGUCGCGAGCAAUAAGGUAUCUGUGCCAGAUGUGAUUUCCAGCGAAGAACUCGCCUCGAAGGCCCUCGAUAUGUUCCACAAGUGCCUAAACCGAUCGAUCCCCACGGGAAAUCUCUAUUCUGGCGGGUUGGGAGCCUAUUACCUCCUACUAGAACAGUCAAGAUACAACCUUUGCAUAAUGGAACGGCAGCGGAUGCAUUCCGAGGCGAAAGAAAACAAUCAGAACGAAAACAACAAUUCUACUCCGAAUGUCUGCCAGUUCACCAGCCACGGUACCAAGGUGAACACACCCUUUCGAUGCAAACGGCUUCUCAAGCAAGCCCUGGAAGGUGCCAAGGAGGCCACCCGCCGCUUCAAGCGGGGAAACUCAAUCAUACUCUCGAAUCAGCGGGGUUGCAUAUCGCUACUGGGUGGGGAGUGGGUUGGUUCUCAUGCGUUGUUGGCCGUCUGCUACCGACGCCUGGAAGAAUUCCAGGAAAAGCAGGAACAAGACGCCACAGCAUUGCAGGGCAAUGACACAAGCAGGGACAAUAUUCGGGGACAUCAGUCUCCGGCACCUUCGGAUUUACGCUCCCCUGGUUCCGUAGAAGAUCACUGUUUAUCGUCUUCGGUGUCCGUUUCUUCGCUAUCAAUUGCAACCGCAAGGACCACGGCUUCGAUGGUGAAGAAGCCACGCUCGGAACGAGUCGUGGCCCGGAUCUUGCGCCGCCUGAAAAAGCAGCACCUCUUUUGCCCCGAAGAAAUGGAGGACGACGGAACCGUCAGAUCCAGUGCCACCGCGGCCUCGGAAACUGUGCUGCCGGUAUGGAACCAGGACGUUCUCGGUGGCCGAGCAGGUGCACUGCAGACGAUUUUUUGGCUUCGGAACGAAUUUGGAAAACACUCCACCACGCUCGGACAAGACCUCGUGGUGUCCCUUGCGGUAAAGAUUCUCCGCGAAGGCCUUUCAACGGCGGAUUCGAUGGGAUUUCACAACCUCAAAACUCUCAAUACCAUUCCUAUUGUUUGCAACAGCGGAAGAAGCGACGACAAUAACUACAAUGCGGUCCUGUUUUGGGUAUGCGAUAGCGAGGGAUCGCUCAAGACCUAUCUGGGUGCCGGAAGGGGCGUGGUUGGAAUUUUGCAUACGCUGCUGGGUCUGCAUUACGAGGACUGGGAACUGAUCGAAGAGGAGGUCCCAAACGCGCGAAGAAUACUGCGCAACACGAUCGAUGCCUUUCUUCCAAGUGCACGCGUCUCUCCAGCCAGUAGCGAUAACAGCAAUGGCGAGAGUGGUGUAAGUGCGAAGGAAUUGAUGCAGCCAUCGCUUUAUCAUCGGCUCGUUUACGAUAUGAAAACCUCGACGGCGACAUCAGUCUCGUCGCCAAUCGAUGCUUCUCGUUUACCAACCACGGGCUCCGCUUUCAAAUCUGCUGGAAAUCUCCGACCUACAUUUGAUGCCUCUUUGGAACGCGACACAACGGCUGGUUGGUUCCAUGGGGCGACAGGAUUGGCAAUGAUGUUUCUUGAAGCCGCUAAGGUUUAUCGGUGCAAGAAAUAUCUGUUGGAGGCCCAUCGGCUCUGCGAUGCAGUUGUAUAUCCGCGUGGCUUGAGAGAACGUACAACUAUUGGUGCUACUAACUUCGACAAUGACCACAAAUAUGGCAAGAAAGGCCCUGUUGGCUUAACCGGAAUGGCCUUGUGCUUUCUGCAAUUGAGUCAGCUCUGCAGUAAUGACAAGGAAGAGGGGGAAUCAAAGAAAAAGAACGAAGCGAAUAAAGUCUCAUUGCCUCCAAAUACAUCAUUAAGAAGAUUGUGGAAAUCGAGAGCCAUGUUAUAUGCCCAACACGCUCAUCACGAAUGGACGAAGUAUGUACAGUCGAUACCAACCACCACGGGUGUAUGGAAUGCAUUUUCGCUUUACGAAGGAAUGGGAGGGUUGGUGAGUGUGCUGUGGCAGCUGUCCUUAUCCAUGUUUCCCGAUGUCGAAGAAACUCUGCGCACCGAGAUCGAUCCUGUUGUUCAGAUGCCGCUGUACAGCGCAUCAUAUUCUUGUGCCCGCGCGACUAAGCAUUUUACCGAUGCUAGUUUUGUGCCGAUUCUUUUAUCUCCGAAAGACGUGACGUUCGUGGCAACUCCUGACAAAACAAUGCCGGCAACUUCGCUAUCGAAAAGCAGAAGGCCACUACCCGCCGGCUUGUGUCCCCAGAGAGAUCCUGCCGAAUCUCGGCGAAGACGCGCCGCAGCCAACGCGGAGACACAACGGCGCAGGAAGGUUGCAGAAGAAGCCGAGCGAAAGAAGAUGGAAUAUGCCAAGGCUCAGCGUGCAAUAAUGAAUGCAAGCCGCAAAGCCGAACUUGAGGCGAGACGAAAUGCUCAGUUGCUGGCACGGAAACGGGCCCUCGAAGUCGCUCAGCGGAAAGAACAACAAGAAACAAAGAAGAACCUGGAGAAUGCCGAGAAGAAGAGACAAGAAGAGAGGAUGAAGCGAGAGGCGCUUCUACUGGCUCGCAAACAAGCGAAGGAGCGAGUUGAUGCGAAGCGCAAGGCAAAAGAAGAGGCAGAGCUGGCGAUGGCCAAGGAGGAGGCAAGAAUGAAAGCAAUUGAAACCGAGAACAAACGCAAGGCUGCGGAACAAGAAAGAAAGAAACGGAGAGCAAUGAUGGAAGCACGUUUGCGCCGGCAAGCAAAGGAUGCCGAGCUGGCGAAGCAAGAAGAAGAAAAACGAAAAGCAAAGGAGGCAGCUGAUCGCUCGCGUCGAACCGCCGAACUCAAGCAGAAAGAAGAACUACGCAAAAAACGCAACGCAGAAAUGCGAUUGCGGCAACUAAGAGCGUUAGAACUUGCAAAAGAAGAGGAACGGAAGCGACUUAUUCGAGUUGCUGCUGAGAGAGAACUGCGUGAAAAGGAAUUACGACGUAAAGAAGAAGAACGAAAGCAGCAAGAAACAGAGCGAAGACGUCGGUUAGAACUUUCCAAGCAGAAACGCAGAAAAGAAGAACAAUCUCUUGCUGAGAAAAGGGCAACUGAAAUGCGGGAACGAGAGGUGGCUCACCGCAGGGCAAUGGAAGCCAAGGAAAAGAGGCGUCGUCAGCUCCGGGAUGAACAUGUGAAGAAACAGCGAGAACUACACGAACAAAGAUUGCGGGAUGAAUUGCAGCGGGCAUUAGACAAGGAAGUAGAAAAACGACAGCGGGAAGAAAAAGAUAGGCAACAGGCCAAAGAGGCACGCAAACUACUUGAAGAAAGAGAUCAUGUUACUAUCGAUACAAGCGGCAAGACUGACAACCCCCCAGCGCCACAAAAGAAUGUUUACAGUCCGUCCUUUGCGAAUAGAAAAAAAGCGAACCCGGCCCAUUUUUCCGUUCCUACCAGAUCAUCUCUCUUUUGGUCUCUUCAGACGGAUUCGAACAUUGGAAACAGCGAGAGUUACAAGCCAGCCUUGGUGCCUACUGAAUCAAUGCCACAAAGUAGAAGGGAAGGCCCAUCUGCUGCUUCGCAUCUUUCGUCCUUAACGUCAUCGCCUGGAAUUGCACAUAUUUCUUCCGUUUCUAAUUCCAGGAAGGAUAUGCAGGACAGCGUUUUAUCUCACCGAACAUUAUCUACUGCUCCUCCAUCUACCGCGACGGAAAAAAUCAAUUCUUUCCCAAUGAAUGCCAUGAAGAAUUAGUGCUGAAGGCGAAUUAUAUUACAAUAAUAUUAUAGAUUGUGAAGUAUUGAUAGGCUCUUCAGUGCAUGAUUAUAGGCUCUUCAGUCCAUUAUAAUACGUGGUUUACAACAAAGAGUGAGCUUAUUCACUAUCUACUCGUGAUUAGGCUCACAUAGAUAAAGGUGUGAUUCGAGGAGUCAUUCAGGAAACCAUUUUAUACACUAGAAACUAGAAAAAGGACGAAGUAACUAAAGUCACGCGAUACUGCUGACGAUGCGUGCAUUGAACAUGCGAUGAAAACCAUUGACAAGUAUCGUGAGCCGCAUUGCCAUUCAUCUUAGUCAAGUGAUAUGGGCCACUUGUAAUUUCAAUACUUCUUGAAUUUCGAUAUCUACUCAUCAUUAUCUACUGCUCACGCUGCCUAAAUCGAGAAGAGUCUUGUCGUCGGUUUAAAAGAAGUGCCCACAUUGGUUGCUUGCAAACUCCCCACACCCGUCGUUCUGGAUUUCACAGAAGCUUCCAAUACCGGAUUCUCUUCUUCCGCCCGUGACAUCGUUGGGCCGAAUUCGUUUUUGUCCAUAUUGUUGCACUAGAAAUGAAUCCGUGGAGCUGGCAUUGGUAAUCACUUCCUGUUGCGCUCUUAGCAUUCUCUUUCGAAAGUCACGAAACGCAUAAUGGACUUUGGAUUGAAUUUGUUUGUCUGCUUCGUUCUUAGUAUAAUCGGUUGUUGUAUUCACGUCCAUAUUCACCCACCAACUCUUUUCAGUAUCCCAUUUCAAGAAACGUCCGCCGUUUGUCCGCACCUCCUCUAUUACUUCAAUCUCAAUAGCUUGCCUGCGCGCAUGUGUUGUAGAGGGAUCGAUGGUGUGCUCGUGGAUUUUCGCUUCUAUUAGAUCAUGAAAACCCACAUUCCCAGGAUGUUGGUUCAAUGCCUUGCCCCUUCUAAAUACAACAUCGGCGGACAGGGGACAUUCUACAAUCUCCGAAGACACCGAUGAAGAGUCAUUUGUACUGGCGCCAACGUCGCUGUCUGACGAAUAAGGAAUACCUCUCUUC